GCCACCUUUUCGCGCCAGAGGAGGGCACAGUUACCUCGCGCUUUGAAUGGCGUCAGCCGUCUCUAGGCAACAGGCCAGCAGUCAGUCAGUCAGAUUUCUCAAUCAGAGCGGAGAGCGGCUGCGGCGGCGACGGUCAUGGCCCUCCCGAGGAUCCGGUGCACAUUUUCCCGGUCCACCGCGAACGGCGUGUGAACACAGCUCGGCGUCGCGCUGAAGAGCAGAACAGGACACCCCGGUACCGACCGAACCGGGCGCGUUCACGCGGAUCCCGACGCGAAGGUGUUCUCUGAGGGAAUUUUUCACGCGCCGGUUUAAUUUGACUAGUUGUAGUUCUUAGUUUCUCGUGACAUCAGUGAAACGUUUUAAAAAAUGCUUUAGAUUUCAUUCGCGAUUUCGGUUUGAAGAGACAAUUACUUUCCCACCGCCGGACUGUGGAGAAGAACUGACUGACUUUGAACUUCACGCUUCGCGACACGACGACUUUCCCUCAGAAAAAUGCUGAAAUUUCACAAUUCUGAUCUGUGGAUUGCUUGGCUGGUCUUCUUCUGCGUGAAUGUGUGUGUGCGUGCGCUGGAAGUGACGGUGAGUCAGAGCAGUGUUCAGGUGGCCAGAGGUCAAGCGGCCGUCCUGCCCUGUACGUUCACCACCAGCGCCGCUCUCAAUAAUCUCUACAUCAUAUGGAUGGUCACGCCGCUGGCCAACGCCAACCAGCCAGAGCAGGUGAUCAUCUAUCAGGGCGGCCAGGUCUUCAGUCUGGCCAAUCACAUGAACGGCCGCGUGGGCUUCGUGUCCACCAUGCCCAGCACAAGUGCCUCCAUCUUCAUCAACAACACGCAGCUGUCGGACACAGGGACGUACCAGUGCCUGGUCAACAACCUGCCUGACCGCGGCGGGAGAAACAUCGGCGUGAUCGGCCUGACCGUGCUGGUUCCCCCGUCCGUCCCGUCCUGUCGGAUUCAGGGUUCUCUGGACGUGGGCAGCGACGUGAUGCUGAUGUGUGGUUCGGACGAGGGCAUCCCGACGCCUACCUACGGCUGGGAGAAGCUGGAGUCCGUGCCCAAACUGCCCCACAAUGCCAUGCAAGAUCAGAUGCAGGGCACGGUCACGCUGAGGAACAUCAGCACCAGCACAUCUGGACUGUAUCAGUGCACGGCGUCCAACGCCAUCGGAAAGAGCACCUGUGUCCUCAACCUGCAGGUCGUGGCGCCUCAGCCUCAGAGCGUGGGUCUGAUCGCGGGAACCAUCGCCACCGGCGUCCUGGCGCUCGUCAUCUGCUCUUUACUGGUGCUCGUCACGCUCUUCUACUGGAGAAACAAGAACAAGUACGAGGAGGAGGAGAUUCCCAACGAGAUCAGGGAAGACGAUCUCCCUCCGAAGAGAUCCUCAUCCGUCAAGGCGUUCCAAGCGGACGCCUCGUCCUCGGAGAACGACACGCUGACCUCCACCAACACCUACAACAGCCGCUACUGGCACAACCCCAAGCCCAACUACGACACCAACUCCUACACGCGCUACAGCGGCGACACGCGGCAGACCUUCAGCGGCGGCGGCGCUCCGUACGCUAACGGCAGCCACAGCCUGCCUCCGCCCAAGACUCUGGUGGUCACCACAAACUCCGCCCCCUCUCCGCCCGUCAUGGCCCGCAGCAACGGCUCGCUGAGCCUCCGCCCGCCGGCCGCGGCGACGCCGGCCGUGACGCUCGGACAGCAGCACACGCACUCGUACGCCGUGAGCCAAGCCACGCUGGAGCGCAUGGGUGCCGUUCCCGUCAUGGUGCCGGCGCAGAGCAGAGCCGGAUCGCUCGUCUGACGCGACAAAACUCUUUUAUAACCGAGUUCAGCCGAUGCCAACUACAAAUGGUCUCCGUUAGCGUCCUGCGUUGUUUUUCAUAUUGCCUGUUUGCUUGUCGGGUUCUUCGCUUUUUUUUUUUUUAAACGGUUGCUCCAUUUUCACCGCUUACCGACCACCGUAGAUCAACCGCCGAACAAUUACGACGAGAUGCUUCAGCUGUGAUAUUAUGAAGCUGCGAGAAUGCUUUUUGCACGGAAAGAAAACCAAAAUAGCAGCUUUACUGUAGCUCCGUUUAAGGCAACAUCCAACAUUAUGAUAUAGAUGCUACGAGUACGUUGGUGUUAAUUGCAUAACGAGGCUUUGAUUAACGUCAUUAUUUUAGUUUUCUCUCCAUGCGAAGAGUAUUCUUCGUAAGAUCACAGCCGAACCACUGAUGGCAGAUUUCUUGUAAUUGUUCGGGAGCCAAUGGGAGAGUCGCGAGCCUCCUGGGUUUCGUCGAAAAUAUCUUCAAUGGCGUCCAAGCUUUCACAGGUGAGGGAAACCACACGGGGAGGAGCGAUUCAUGACAUAGUGGCCGUCUUUGGGGUGGAGCCAGUCUUGAAGCUGAUAAAGUCUUGGCCCAGAAUCACGUAUUUCUCCAGAGAGGAUGUCAGAAUGAUGCAUGACGCUCCGUUUGAUUCGAGCACAGCUUGCUGCUUUCUAACACUGGAAUCAGAGAGUUACAGAGCUGGCCGAAGUGACCGCUAUUUUCUGCUUUGAAGUCAGUCAUUUCGUUCUGUUUGUAUCAGUUUACAUUUCCAAACGUCGGGCCUCGUUGGUGAAACAUACUCAGAGUCCCGGGCGCAGGUUUGUGUAUGUUCAUGAGUUCUAGGCGUCUGUAAAUAGGCUCAGUCACAGUUCACACGAAUCACAGCGCCGCAAACGUCGUGUCCAGGAACCUUCCGGACUGCUUUCUCACGUUUGGCUCCAGUACACUGCAUAAAUGCAAAAAUAGACUAAUAGGCCAUAUAUGACUAACAAAUAUUCGAUAACGUGCGUCCAACCAAUCGUUUUUAGCCUGAAUGACAGCUGUCGAUAUCCACGGCAGUAAUGUAUUAAACUUAAAUGCAGUAACCAGCGAUAUUAACUUCUGUAUUCUUGUUCAGUUGAUGGCGAUUGGUCGGUGUGGUAUUUGUCCCGCCCCUCCUCCGUUGAUUGGAUGGCUGGGUAAACGGUAGCGGUGACGAGCGUUGUGUUCUAUGCAAAGUUAAAAGGUUUAUCAACUCUGAACUAUGAAACAAAUAAAUAUAUAUAUACAUAUACAUAUACAUGCAUAUACAUACACAUACAUACACAUACAUAUACAUAAAUAUACAUACAUAUACAUACACAUACAUAUACAUACACAUAUAUAUAC